UAUUAUUCCCAUAAUCAUCAGUCCAACAUUGCGCGGAUCAGCAUUCAGGAUAAAUAUCAUUCGGAAGCCGAUUGUACAUGGGACCACGUUCAAUUCCAUUUUUUUACACACAAAACCCGAUCGUUUUCCGCAUAUUGUGCUUGUUGUCGUCGAGGGACAUUUAGUUUCAGAGGAAGAGCGAGGGAGUUGGGCUCGCAGGUGGCGUGUAGAUCUUGCUAGGGUUUGGAUUCAAGGAGGAGAGAAGAAAUGAGCGCAAACGCGGUCCCAGCGCCUAGCUCCCAUGGCAACCUCGACGAGCAGAUCGAGCAGCUUAUGCAGUGCAGACCACUGUCGGAACAGGAGGUUAGAGACUUGUGUCAGAAAGCCAAAGAGGUAUUGAUGGAAGAAAGCAAUGUGCAGCCAGUGAAGAGCCCUGUGACAAUAUGUGGUGACAUUCAUGGGCAAUUUCAUGAUCUGGCAGAACUGUUUCGAAUAGGAGGCAAGUGUCCAGAUACAAAUUACUUAUUUAUGGGUGAUUAUGUGGACCGUGGGUAUUAUUCUGUUGAAACUGUUACGCUUUUGGUGGCCCUCAAGGUUCGAUAUCCUCAAAGAAUUACCAUUCUCAGAGGAAAUCAUGAAAGUCGUCAGAUUACUCAAGUUUAUGGAUUUUAUGAUGAAUGCUUAAGAAAAUAUGGCAGUGCAAAUGUAUGGAAGACCUUCACUGAUUUAUUUGAUUAUUUCCCAUUGACAGCCCUGGUUGAAUCAGAAAUAUUUUGCCUGCAUGGUGGGUUAUCUCCGACUAUUGAAACCCUGGAUGGCAUACGGAGCUUUGAUCGUGUUCAAGAAGUUCCACAUGAGGGAGCUAUGUGUGAUCUUUUAUGGUCCGAUCCUGAUGACAGAUGUGGUUGGGGUAUUUCUCCUCGUGGUGCUGGAUAUACAUUUGGCCAAGAUAUAUCCGAGCAAUUCAAUCAUACUAAUAACCUUAAUCUGAUAGCCAGAGCACAUCAAUUAGUCAUGGAAGGAUACAACUGGGGACAUGACCAAAAGGUGGUUACGAUAUUCAGUGCCCCAAAUUAUUGCUAUCGGUGUGGAAAUAUGGCUGCCAUUCUGGAAGUUGAUGACUGUAAAGGUCAUACAUUCAUUCAGUUUGAGCCAGCCCCCAGGAGAGGAGAGCCUGAUGUGACUCGCAGAACUCCUGAUUACUUUCUCUGAGUCAGCUAAUUAGGAGUUACAUUCUUGAUCUCUCUCACAGCAAUUACUGCUCGCUAAUCUGCCUUGUGGUUGCAGGCAUUUCAGAUCGUAUGACCAAACUCAAUAUUUGUAUUCCAAACUGCCAGAAUUUGGUGGUGUUGAUCGAAUCUAUGUAGAUUCAUAUGUUGAAAGCAGCACGUCCCAGCCAUUAAGUCGAGAGUUCCAUGCAAUUCCUUCCCAUAUCCUUCUCUCUAUUUAUUUUUCAGUUUUUAAAUCCUGUAGAGGGUUCGAUUCAACUUGCGGACUUCUUUAGCAGAUUCAUAGAUUCAUGUAACCCUUCCAGUGCUUGUCCUUGAAUUUCUGUACGUUUACUGCCCUAGCAAUGACUUGUCUUGGUAGAAUAACAAGGCUAGAACCUUGCUUCGUUC